UUUCUGGCGAAUAAGUGCAGUGUGCGACAGACUUUCAACACCACACAGGCUACUAACGCUGCUUUAUAGCUUGCAAUCCAACGAGGUUUCUGUGUCAGGUGCAUCGAAAAACAGACGAAAAUGAAGCACGGAUUAUUAUUGAUCACGCUUUUCAUUGCUGCAACAGCUCUGACUUCAGGUCAGUACAGUUCAACAAGUAAGCCUCCUCCGACUACAACCACCCCUGCCCCGACUACAACCACUCCUGCCCCGACUACAACCACUCCUGCCCCGACUACAACCACCCAUGCCCCAAACACAACCACCCAUGCCCCGAACACAACCACCCAUGCCCCGAACACAACCACCCAUGCCCCGAACACAACCACCCAUGCCCCGAACACAACCACCACUAUUGCCCCGAACACGACCACUCCAAUCCCAGCUCCAACGCCAUCUGCCAACUUGACAGUGGGGAAAUAUAAUUCUAGUCAAGAUGGAAAAUUAUGUAUUCUGGCUGACUUUGCAAUUGGGAUUCGUGUGAACACCAGCGAGGUUAACGACACAUUCAUUGUACAGCCAAGCAAAACUACUUCCAGUGGAGGAUGUUCGGAAAAGACAGCUAGUAUCAGCCUUUUAUUCAGUGAAGGUGGAGUUACCUUAAAAUUUUUAAAUAAUGAAGCAACACAGAAGAUCUAUGUGGAAUUUGUGGAAGUUGACUUGACCUAUGCUUUCAAAACUGGAGUGUCAAGAGACUACUCUGGGAAGAACGAGUCUUUGGAGCUGUUUACUUCUGCUCCGGGUCAUUAUUACUCCUGCAGCUCUCAGACGGUGUACUUGGGGAAUGGUCUGAGUCUAGACUUGACCCACAACAAAAUUCAAGCCUUCAACUUCAAAAACAAUGAAUUCGGGACACCUGAUGUGUGCAAGGCUGAUCAACCUGACUACCGCGUUCCCAUCGCUGUGGGCAUAAUCCUCAUCAUCCUCAUCGUCAUUGUAGUCAUCGCUUAUCUUAUCAGCAGGAAACGGAGGACUGAUGGCUACCAGUCACUAUAGAGGUCUAAAGUUUGUUGUUGUUUAUGUAAGAACCAGCAAUUCUGGUUUACGGGAAUUUUAAUACUGUUAUGUAUGUUGUAAGUGAAUGUUACUUAUGUGUACCGAUAAACAUGGAUGGCCUUGGAUCUGUCCGAACAAUGUUUACUAUGCAGAGACGGUAUGGCACAUCCUAAUACAAGCUGAUGGGGCCACAUCACAAUUACUACUAAAAGAUUACGAUAAAGCCAGAUAAAUGGCUCAGUAUGUGGCUUAUUUAGCAUAUCUUUAUGAAAUAAUCACCCUUUUUCAAGAACCUAACCUGUGGCUCCAUCUUAAGUGUAAGUGCUCUUUAUCUAUAGGUGCUCUUUUGUUCCUGACACAGACUAAUGCAUUUUAUUUGUGAUAGCCGAUGUUAAUCUGAGCUUUCCAAAGGGGCUUUAAAACCUAAAAGGCUGCAUAAAAGGGAAUUCAGCUUCUUGUAUUUGUUGAUGCAUACACAUCUUGUUUUGUAAUUAAUAAUGUAUGCGAUUUUUAAAAGCAGUUUCAUUCUGAUGUGAAUUAUUAUAUUUCUGUUUUCAAAGCGAGUGUCUUGCUGUACUAUUGUGAUCAGAAUCUGCAUUUAUGCACUGAAUAAAGGGAAUGAUGUUUGAUUUUUGGUUAAGAAAAAUAAAUAAUUUGUUGAAAAAAAUUAAA